AUUUGACAUAAACUUAACCUUACUUUUGUGAACUUGCACGCUGUGUAACACUGUGUAAUGUAAUUUAUACUGUAAGAUUGGCGUGAACAAUAACUUUACAUAUAAUCAGUCCGUGAUAAGACGUCGAGUAAUAAAGUCGUACGUUAGUAAAGUAAUAUUUUACUGUACUUCCAUAGCUGACGUGCUAUUAACGUGCGAUCUCCGUUCAGAAAAUUCAAAUCUUUCAUUCAUAAUAAAAAUUACCGCGUAAAAAUGCACAACGGGACUACUAAUGGGUAUCAAAAAUAUUUUGAUCUCAAGGAUAUGCCUCACAUUAUUAAAGCAUUGGACAGAAAUCAAAAAUUAGAACCCGACAUCCUCCACGUAAUCGGCAACACGCCUUUAGUGAAAUUAAAUAACAUACCAAAAAAAGAUGGAUUAUCAUGUGACAUGUAUGCGAAAUGUGAAUAUUUGAACCCUGGUGGUUCAAUAAAGGACCGAAUUGCCUAUAGAAUGGUACUGGACGCUGAGGAGAAAUGUAUAUUGGUACCAGGAAAGUCUGUGAUCAUUGAGCCCACAUCUGGAAACACUGGCAUAGGUUUAGCAUUAGCUGCAGCAGUUAAAGGGUACAGAUGUAUCAUUGUGCUGCCAGAGAAAAUGUCAGAUGAGAAAGUAAACACCCUGUUAGCAUUGGGAGCGGAGAUCAUCAGGACUCCCACUGAAGCGGCCUCCCAUGACCCUGACAGCAAUCUUAUGGUUGCUAAACGGCUUGCCAAGGAAAUACCAAAUGCUGUUAUGCUGGAUCAGUACACGAACGUUUGCAACCCGCUGGCUCAUUACGAUGGUACAGCCGAGGAGAUCCUCUGGUCACUGGACGAUGACGUUGACAUGGUAGUGAUCGGAGCUGGCACGUGCGGCACCGUGUCUGGCAUCGGACACAAGAUUAAAGAGCGAUGCCCCAAGUGUGUGAUAGUCGGUGUUGACCCCCUGGGCUCCAUACUUGCUGAGCCAGAAGAACUCAACGAUAGUGAUGUCGGCAUGUAUGAAGUGGAAGGCAUCGGUUAUGACUUCUUACCGAAGGUGUUGGACAGGAAGGUGAUAGACAAAUGGAUCAAGACGGAAGACAAACAUUCAUUGAACAUGUCCCGCCGGCUGAUAAAGGAGGAGGGACUUCUUUGUGGCGGCAGCAGUGGUGCUAUAAUGUGGGCGGCGACCCAGGCGGCUAAGUCGCUACAGGCAGGUCAGAAGUGUGUGGUCAUCCUGCCCGACAACAUACGCAACUACAUGACCAAGUUCAUCUCCGACCAGUGGAUGGAGGCCCGCGACUUCAAGCCAGUCGUCCAGCACGACGAACUGCCAUGGUGGAACGCUGUGGUGACGAAAAACUUAAUAGAACCGAUCACUGUGAUCCCGCACGACACGCCCACGGGGCAAGCGCUCGCCGCGCUCAAGGCAUCCGCCGCGCCCGCGCUCGCUGUCGUAGGCGAUGACGGAGCGCUAAUCGGCGUUGUGACGGCGGACUACGCGCGCCGGCGGCUCACCAACCUGAACGGCAAGGUGUCGGACGAGCUGAGCAAGUUCACUCAGAAGAAAUUCUACUCAGUGGACGUGACGCAGGCGCCCGCGCUCGGCUGCGUCUCGCGCAUGCUGGACAUCGCACCCUUCGUCGUCAUUGUCGAGUCUGUUUCCACCACAAAGAAGCCUAUCGGAAUCCUGACAUCAGAUGAUCUGCUGCGUCUUGUCACCGACAAAAGCCUCAACCUCAGCUCGUAAUGCAACAGCCAUGCAAUAUACAAUAGCAACUGCUCAAAUGUUAUAAAAUAUUUAUAUUCAGUAUUGAUAAGCCCUUGUUAAUGUACUGUAUCUUUAUUGGUAUACAAAAAUGUGCAUGUUUAGAAAUAAGUGAAAUACAAGGUCACAAAUUAAUAACUUCCUUGACAAAUUGAAUGUUUGUUUGUAAAUAUUUGUACAAAUUAUGGUUUUACAUUUAAGGGGGAAUUUUUGGACCAUAUCUAUAGGUUUUAUCUUAGGCAUUUAUGACAUGAAACUGAUUAUUAUAAAUAAAAUUGUAUACACAUUUA